AACUUUUUUCCUCCCGCUCUCGCUCUCCUUCUCCCCCCGCGCGUCGCCCGCCCGCCCGCCCGUUUGCUCUUCCUGUGCAGAGGGGAUCGCAUUUCCCCGCGGCACCCGCGGACACCAGGCAGGCCCGGCCGGGUGCGCGGCCAGGGCCCGCUCCCCGCGCCGCCGGCUCCCCGCGCCCCCGGGCGCCGCCCCCGCCGCGGCUGGGCUCGGAGAGUCGAGUCGGAGAGCGAGGCUGCGGCGAGGGCGAGAGGCGAGCGGAGCAGGCCGCCCUGCCCGCCGCCCGAGCGCCGGCGCGAGGAGGGGGCGCCGCGGCCCACCCUCCUUCCUGCCUGGCCGCGGGCCGGCCGGGCCGCCGCGCCCUGACCCCCAUGGCCGCCCGGGCCUGCGGGCCGCGAAGUCGCAGCGCCAGAGCCAGGGCCCCCGAGUGAGCGCGGGCGCCGAGGAUCUCAUCUGGCCGCCGCGUUCUGGAAGAGGCGAGGGGGAGAGCGCGCGCGAGAGGAGGAGGAGAGAGACGGCGCGGGGAAAGGGAGACGGCGAGACGCGCAGCGCCGGCGCCCAGGAGAUCCAGGAGGAGCCCGCAGAUAACCAGCCCGAGUCAUGCAGUCUUUUCGAGAAAGGUGUGGUUUCCAUGGCAAACAACAGAACUACCAGCAGACCUCACAGGAGACAUCUCGCCUGGAGAAUUACAGACAGCCGGGCCAGGCCGGGCUGAGCUGCGACCGGCAGCGGCUGCUGGCCAAGGACUAUUAUAACCCGCAGCCCUACCCGGCCUACGAGGGUAGCGCCGGCACACCCGCCGGCUCUGUGCGGGGCAGCAAGGGCCUGGCCUCCCAGCCGUCCCUGCAGGGCCGGCCGGCCUUCUCGGGCUAUAGUGUGCCGGACAGCAGCCCGUACCCCGGCCGCUACUCGGGCGAGGAGAGCCUGCAGGCCUGGGGGGCCCCCCAGCCGCCACCCCCGCAGCCGCAGCCCCUGCCCGGGGGCGUGGGCAAAUAUGACGACAGUUUGAUGAAAAAGGCAGCGGUGCCCCCUGGCAGGCAGUACCCAGAGCAGGGUGCCCAGCUGCCCUUCCGGACUCACUCUCUGCACGUCCAGCCUCAGCUGCCGCAGCCCCAGCAGCCCCUGGCAUACCCCAAACUCCAAAGGCAGAAACUGCAGAACGACAUGGCCUCACCCCUGCCCUUCCCCCAGGGCGGCCACUUCCCCCAGCACUCACAGUCUUUCCCCGCUUCCUCCACCUACUCCUCCGGGGGCCAGGGCACGCAGGGGGGCGGGGGCGGGGGCAGCGGGGGCGGGCAGGGGGCCCACUCCUACAAGAGCUGCACCGCGCCGUCCGCACCGACCCACGACAGGCCACUGACCGCCAACGCCAGCCUGGCCCCGGGGCAGCGGGUCCAGAACCUUCACGCCUACCAGUCCGGCCGCCUGGGCUACGAGCAGCAGAAGCAGCAGCAGCAGCAGCAGCAGCAGCAGGCGGCCCUCCAGAGCCGGCACCAUGCCCAGGAAACCCUCCAUUACCAAAACCUCGCCAAGUACCAACACUACGGGCAGCAGGGCGCGGGCUACUGCCAGCCGGACGCGGCCGUGCGGACUCCUGAGCAGUACUACCAGACCUUCAGCCCCAGCUCCAGCCACUCGCCCGCGCGCUCUGUGGGCCGCUCGCCCUCCUACAGUUCCACCCCGUCGCCGCUGAUGCCAAACCUGGAGAACUUUCCCUACAACCAGCAGCCACUCGGCACCGGCGCCUUCCCCGCGGGCAUCACGGACCACAGCCACUUCAUGCCCCUGCUCAACCCCUCCCCGACCGAUGCCGCCGGCACGGUGGACACCCAGCCCGGCAACUGCAAGGCACCGCCCAAGGACAAGCUGCCUGAGAACCUGCUGUCGGACCUCAGCCUGCAGAGCCUCACGGCCUUGACCUCCCAGGUGGAGAACAUCUCCAACACGGUCCAGCAGCUGCUGCUCUCCAAGGCCGCCGUGCCGCAGAAGAAGGGCGGCAAGAACCUGGUGUCCAGGACCCCGGAGCAGCACCGGAGCCAGCACUGCAGCCCCGAGGGCAGCGGCUACUCGGCCGAGCCAGCGGGCACGCCUCUGUCCGAGCCACUGAGCAGCACGCCGCAGUCCACGCACGCUGAGCCGCCCGAGGCCGACUACCUGAGCGGCUCUGAGGACCCGCUGGAGCGCAGCUUCCUCUACUGCAACCAGGCCCGCGGCAGCCCCGCCAGGGUCAACAGCAACUCGAAGGCCAAGCCCGAGUCGGUGUCCACCUGUUCGGUGACCUCGCCCGACGACAUGUCCACCAAGUCCGACGACUCCUUCCAGAGCCUGCACAGCAGCCUGCCGCUCGACAGCUUCUCCAAGUUCGUGGCGGGCGAGCGGGACUGCCCGCGGCUGCUGCUCAGUGCCCUGGCGCAGGAGGACCUGGCCUCCGAGAUCCUCGGGCUGCAGGAGGCCAUCGGCGAGAAGGCUGAGAAGGCCUGGGCCGAGGCGCCCGGCCUGGCCAAGGACGCCAGCAAGCCUCCUCCCUUCUCACUGGAGAACCACAGCGCCUGCCUGGACUCCGUGGCCAAGAACUCGUGGCCACGGCCGGGGGAGCCAGAGGCCCUGCCCGAGUCCUUGCAGCUGGACAAGGGUGGCAGCGCCAAGGACUUCAGCCCGGGGCUGUUUGAAGACCCUUCUGUGGCCUUCGCCGCCCCGGACCCCAAGAAGACGACCGGUCCCCUCUCCUUUAGCGCCAAGGCGACGCUUGGGGCCGCCACGUCGGACCCUGCUGCGGCCGCCUUUGACUGCUUCCCGGACGCGAGCACUGCCAGCUCGGCAGAUGGCGCCAACCCCUUUGCCUGGCCCGAAGAGAACCUGGGGGACGCUUGUCCCCGGUGGGGCCUGCACCCCAGCGAGCUCACCAAGGGCCUGGAGCAGGGCGGGAAGGCCUCCGACGGCGUGGGCAAGGAGAAUGCCCACGAGGCUUCGGCCUGCCCAGGCUUCCAGGAGGAGGCGCCACCUGGGGAGAAGGCCACCGUGCCUCGGGACUCCACGCAGGAGGAGGCGGGCGGGGUGAAGGAGGAGGUGGGCGGGCUGCUGCAGUGCCCCGAGGUGGGCAAGGCCGACCGCUGGCUAGAGGACAGCCGGCACUGCUGCUCGGCCGCCGACUUUGGGGACCUGCCCCUGCUGCCGCCGCCCGGCAGGAAGGAGGACCUGGAGGCGGAGGAGGAGUACUCCUCCCUGUGCGAGCUCCUGGGCAGCCCCGAGCAGAGGCCGGGCCUACCGGACCCGCUCUCACCGAAGGCCCCCCUGCUGUGCACCAAGGAGGAGGUGGAGGAGGUGCUGGACUCCAAAACCGGUUGGGGCUCCCCGUGCCACCUGUCCGGCGACUCUGUCAUUUUGCUGGGCCCCACCGUGGGCGCCGAGUCCAAGGUCCAGAGCUGGUUUGAGUCCUCCCUGUCGCACAUGAAGCCGGGCGAAGAAGGCCCCGACGGGGUGCUGGCGCCCGGUGACACCGCCACCCUGGCCCCAGAGGCCUCCCUGGCCCAGAAGCCCAGCAAGCCGGCCGUGCCCGAGGCGCCCAUUGCUAAGAAAGAGCCCGUGCCACGCGGCAAAAGCUUACGGAGCCGGCGGGUGCACCGGGGGUUGCCGGAGGCCGAGGACUCCCCGUGCCGGGCGCCCGUGCUGCCCAAGGACCUCUUGCUCCCGGAAUCCUGCACCGGCCCCCCGCAGGGACAGAUGGAAGGAGCGGGAGCCCCGGGCCGGGGAGCCUCGGAAGGGCUCCCGAGGAUGUGCACACGCUCCUUCACGGCCCUGAGCGAGCCCCGCACGCCUGGACCCCCAGGCCUGACCACCACCCCCGCCCCCCCAGACAAACUGGGGGGCAAGCAGCGAGCCGCCUUCAAGUCCGGCAAGCGGGUGGGUAAGCCGUCACCCAAGGCGGCCUCCAGCCCCAGUAAUCCAGCCGCCCUGCCCGUGGCCUCAGACAGCAGCCCUAUGGGCUCCAAGACCAAGGAGACAGACUCGCCCGGCACCCCAGGCAAGGACCAGCGCUCCAUGAUCCUGCGGUCCCGCACGAAAACCCAGGAGGCGUUCCACUCCAAGCGGCGGCGGCCCUCCGAGAGCCGUCUCCCCAGCUGCCGGGCCACCAAGAAACUGCUGGCCAAUAACCACCUGCCUGCCCCGUUCAAGGUCUCUGGCAGCCCCCAGAAGGAGGGCAGGGCCAGCCAGCGGGCCCGGGUGGCCAAGCCCGGCGCAGGCAGCAAGCUCUCCGACCGGCCCCUCCAUGCGCUCAAGAGGAAGUCGGCCUUCCUGGCGCCUGUUCCCACCAAGAAGCGGAACCUGGUUCUGCGGAGCGGCAGCGGGGGGGACGUGAAGGAGGAGGGGGCUGAGGACCCCUCCCCCGUCUUCAAGAGGAUGGCUUCACCCAAGAAGGCCAAGCCCGCCAAGGGCAACGGUGAGCCUGCCGUGAAGCCCCCGCCCCCGGAGACCCCUGACACCUGCCUGAAGCUCGCCUCGCGGGCGGCCUUCCAGGGGGCCAUGAAGACCAAGGUGCUUCCGCCCCGGAAAGGCAGGGGCCUCAAGCUGGAGGCCAUCGUGCAGAAGAUCACCUCGCCCAGCCUGAAGAAGUUUGCGUGCAAGGUGCCGGGGGCCCCUCCCGGAAACCCCCUGAGUCCUUCUCUCCCUGAGAAGGACCGUGGGCUCAAGAGUGCGGGGGGCAGCCCAGUUGGGGCAGGAGAAGGUCUCUUAAAUGUGGGCCCUGGGCAGAAGCUCCCGGCAGCUCCGGGGGCCGACCCGUUAUGCAGAAAUCCAACCAACAGAUCCUUAAAAGGCAAACUCCUAAACAGUAAAAAACUGUCCUCCACUGACUGUUUCAAAACUGAGGCCUUCACAGCCCCAGAGGCCCUGCUGCCCGGGGGGACUGCCCUGGCACCUAAGAAGAGAAGCCGGAAAGGCAGGGCUGGAGCCCUCGGACUCCCCAAAGGUCCCCUGGAGAAGCGGCCCCAUCUAGGCCCGGCUCUGCUCCUGACCCCCCGAGACAGGGCCAAUGGCACUCAGGGGGGCGGUGAGGACAGCACUGGUGGGGGAGGCAAAAAGCCAAAGACGGAGGAGCUGGGCCUGGCCUCCCAGUCCCCUGAGGGCCGGCCCUGCCAGCCCCAGACAAGGGCGCAGAAGCAGCCGGGCCACGCCAACUACAGCAGCUAUUCCAAGCGAAAGCGCCUCACUCGGGGCCGGGCCAAGAACACCACCUCCUCACCCUGUAAAGGACGUGCCAAGCGGCGGCGGCAGCAGCAGGUGCUGCCCCUGGACCCCGCCGAGCCUGAAAUCCGACUCAAGUACAUUUCCUCGUGCAAGCGGCUUCGAGCAGACAGCCGCACCCCGGCCUUCUCGCCCUUUGUGCGGGUGGAGAAGCGAGACGCAUUCACCACCAUAUGCACUGUGGUUAACUCCCCUGGGGAGGAGCCCAAGCCCCACAGGAAGCCUUCCUCCUCCGCCUCCUCUUCCUCAUCCUCAUGCUCCUUCUCGUUGGAUGCGACCGGGGCCUCCUUGGCCACGCUCCCUGGAGGCUCUGUCCUGCAGCCACGGCCCUCCCUGCCCCUCUCCUCCACCAUGCAUCUGGGGCCCGUGGUCUCCAAGGCCCUGAGUACCUCUUGCCUUGUUUGCUGCCUCUGCCAAAACCCGGCCAACUUCAAGGACCUCGGGGACCUCUGUGGGCCCUACUAUCCCGAACACUGCCUCCCCAAAAAGAAGCCAAAACUCAAGGAGAAGGUGCGGCCGGAGGGUACCUGUGAGGAGGCCUCGCUGCCCCUCGAGAGAACACUCAAAGACCUUGAGUGCGCAGCCACAGCAGCCGCUGGAAAGCCCCCGCGGCCCGAGGGCCCAGCCGACCCCGCCAAGCAGGGCUCGCUGCGCACCAGCGCCCGGGGCCUGUCCCGGCGGCUACAGAGUUGCUACUGCUGUGACGGUCGGGGGGACGGUGGUGAGGAGGCAGCCCCCACCGACAAGAGCCGUAAGCACGAGUGCAGCAAGGAGCCACCAGCCGAGCCUGGCGGGGACACCCAGGAACACUGGGUGCACGAGGCCUGCGCCGUGUGGACGGGCGGGAUCUACCUGGUAGCCGGGAAGCUCUUUGGGCUACAGGAGGCCAUGAAGGUGGCCAUGGACAUGACCUGUUCCAGCUGCCAAGAAGCCGGGGCCACCAUCGGGUGCGGUCACAAAGGGUGCAGCCAUACCUACCAUUACCCGUGUGCCAGCGAUGCGGGUUGCAUAUUCAUCGAAGAGAACUUUUCUUUGAAGUGUCCCAAACAUAAGAGGCUGCCGUUGUAAUCCACCCCAACGGCCGGAGAAGCCGCGGAAGCCCGCCUGACCGCCGGCCGCCGAAGGAGAGGAGCCGCCUGCGCAGCCCCCGGGCCUUUGAGCUGCUCCCAGCGCGGGGCCAGAGCCGAUCCUUGAUCCGGAUUCCGGGUCUUGGAUCUGGCGGCCUAGGGCUGAAACUUGCGGUCCCGGGUUGGGAAGAAAACACGUUCCUGGGCCGCCUGCUCCCGGAACAGGACGACACGGGGCGUUCCCGCCCACACCCUCGGGGCCAGGCUUGGAGAAGGGGAGCCCGCGGAGCGGCCAGACUCCUUGGGGCACCCAGCCUCCGGCGGGGAUUGGAGACGCCUUUAACUUGGGGACACGCUUCUCCCCGGGGUAGUUCUAAGACGACGUGGCACACAUUCCACGUGGGUGCUGCCGCCACCGCAGCUGGCGUGGCUUGCAACUGGGCGCCCUGGGGGAGGGUGUGGGGGGUCCAAAGGGCCCUGGAAGUGGCCGAGUGCGGCUCCAGGCUCCAAGGCGGUGAGGGGUGGGUGGGGAGGGAGCCGAAGCCUUGCUGGAGAGGACUAGGCCGGAGGCUUUGAAAGGAACCUUUGGAAUUGUGUCCUUCCCACCCACCUGGCCUCGUGCGGUUUGGGCAGAGCCGGGGGAGUCCGGGACCCAUGCUCAGGGGAUGCGGGCUCCCCGGGUGUGGGUGGGGCUGCCCCCACCCCUUUGGCUUCUGUCGUCCCCUUUCCAGUCCUCCUCCCCACCCUUGGAGUGCCACCUGGGAACCCAAAGGAAAGGAGUGGCGACCAGAGCGCACUUCCGGUGGGUGUGUGACAGUCCCUCUGCAGGACCACCCGACUCCAGGGACAGCAGCGCCCACCCGGCACGGGAGCAGAGACAGCGCUAGAUUCGUGUACAAACCUGUGUACCCCUCUAUAUAUAUGUUACAUAGAAUGUAUAUAUGUUGGGAACAUGCUCGCUUCUCCCGUGUGUCGCUGCCGCCGUGCGUCGUGCGUCUCUCAGCACGGGGCCCUUCCCGGGAAGGGGGCUCUGGAGAUGCCCGCCUUCCCCACGCAGCCACCACUGGCCCAAGCCAGUCCCCGCCAGUCCGUCCGCCUGUCCGUCCGUGUCCUCAGCUCUGUCCACGCUUCGAUAGGCCUGACGCAGCCCCCAGACUGGGGCCGCCCUAGCAACUUCCUGUACAUAUGACUGUAAAAUGGUAAACGUGUGUAUUAUAUCUGGCCUCGUUAUAUAGUGUAUAUAUAUGUAUACAUAUACAUAUAUAUAAUAUAUAUGAAGACUGUAAAUGUUAAGACGACUAGUGUUCUUAUUAGUAUAUUGCUUCACACUGAAGAUUGUGUGUAUCGAGCUGUUUCUAAAAGAUGUUUAUUUUCCUUAAGAGUAAAAAACAGUCAUUGCAUUCAGAAAAAAAAAAGUCAAUAAAGAUACAACGAUUGUUUUGGAA